UCAAACCGAAAAAAUCAAAAACCAAACAAUUCGAACAAAAAUUUUUGUUGUUCAAUUUUUGGUUCUAAUAUUAAAAAUUCUAAUCAAACCGAACCAAACUGGUUCAUCUAAAACACCCUAACAAAACCAUUAGACCAAGUGACCCAAAUCAGAUAACCUAAAGCCCUAACCUAGCGACCCUCCCUCCCAGCAGCGCGGAACCCCUUCUUUUCCGCCAUUGACGCCGCCGGACAGCACCAUCGCGGCGGCGCGGCCCUUUCCUCUUCCUCUCCCUUCCUCGUAGGCUCGUAGCGCUUCGCUCUCUCCCUCAUCGUCGACGGCUCCACACACCACCUCUCCAGCAGCAAGCCGUCUCCUCCACGAACUAACAGCCGCCGUCGUCCUGGACGAACCGCAGCAGCACGCACCAGAUGCAGUCGACGCUGCCGCCGUUCGUCGCUGAAACCGUGUCGUCUGUCCAGUCUCUUCUUCUCCGUCAUUGAAGCAGUGUUGUCCUUCCAUCUCUGGUUUUUGUUUCGUCGCCGCCGUCGUCUUACCAUCCUGCACCUCGGACGUCCUCUGUAAUGGAGCCUAAGCCUCAGGAAAGGGGAAGGCGAAAGAGGAAGAAUUUGUGGAAUUGGUGCACCACAUGAAAAUUUUUGGAAUUAGUUUGGUGGUAUUUCUGAUUCAGUUUGGUUCUAUUUCCGAUUCAGUCUCUUAUUGCUUUUCGUUGCUUCUUAAUUUUCCCGAGUCAGGUUGAUUACUCUUCCAUCUGCUUCCGCUGUUUUUGCAAAAUUGUUAAUGAUUUUAAUUUGUUGUGCUGCUGCUACUUUGUUAGUGAUUUCUGAGUCAGGUUGAUACCUAGAGAACUCCAGUCUAUACCCAGAGAACUGAGAAGUCUUCUUCCUCUCGCGAGCCCCUUGCCGUCGAAGUCUUCUUCCUCUCCCGAGUCCCUCGCUGUGUCCCGAGCAUCUUGCCGUCGCUGCAUCCCGAGCCUCUCGCCGUCGCUGCGUCCUCUGUUGCUGUCUUCCUCCUCUGUCUUUCUCUGUCCGCAGUCCUUUAAGAUUGAUAACAGUAAGUACACAAAAAAAAAAUCAGAAGCAUAUAAGAAUCAAAGAAAAUCAGUAAACCAAUCAUAAAACCAAUCCACACAAUCAGUAAUGAGUAAUGACAACAUCACUGACAGAAUAUCAGAAAAAAUGAAAAAUCAGUAAACCACAAAUCAGAAUCAAGAUUCAAGAACAUCAUCAACAAUCUUAAACCAAUCAAUGAUAAUACCAAUCCACAAUAAUGAUAAUAAGUCAACAACAAUUGAAAAAUCACAGAGGUGAGGGACUGGAGGGUUACUGGGCAGCAGAACUCGAUAAUACCAAUCCACAAUCAUGACAAUAAGUCAAUAACAAUUGAAGAAGAAAAAUAAAAAAUCAGAGAGGUGAGGAACUAGAGGGUUACUGGGAAGCAGAACUCGAGAAGAGGUGGAGCGUCGACGAACUACUGCCAAGGAGUCGUGGAACUGGAGUAGAGAAGAGUUGGAGCACGGUGGAAUAGAGCCGGCGCGGCAGAACAGCGGCUGUGGGACAGAGGAAGGAAGCGAGACGAGUUGUAGUGGGAACGGUGCCUUCGAGCAGUGGCGGAGACGACCGUGGUGGGGAAGGCGGCUUUGACAGCUGCGAUGGGCGGUGACACGGCGGUGGCUGGACAGAGCAAGUGUGGCAGUGACGAAGGAGCUCGAACCUCAGAGAUGCUGCUGCCUGCUGGGUUACCGUUUUGGCUGGGUUCCUUUUCUUUUUCUUUUUUUUUUAAGGAAUGAAAAGUUGAAAACAGUGUUGUUUUGGUCCAAAAUACAAAAACUGGCCUGAUUCACAUGGUCUUAUACGUUUUCUCGAUUGCUUGGAUUCAAAGGCAUUUAUUCUUUUUUAUUUUCUAUUAUACGACAUUAAAUCAAUUGUUGUUGACUUAUUGUCAUUAUUGUGAUUUACUGAAUUUUCAUUUUUUCUGAUAUUCUGUCAAUGAUGUUGUCAUUACUCAUUAGUGAUUGUUGUGGAGUGAUUUAUUGGUUUACUGAUUUUCUUUGAUUAUUACAUGCUUCUGAUCUGUUAAUUUUUUUGGUUGUGUACUAACUGUUAUCCUUGAGAUUAUUGGGUUGCUGUAAUAUUGUUAAUUGUUAUUGGGUUGCUGGUAAUUUUUAAGUAUGAAUGAGAGUAUCAAUCAAAAAGCAUCUAGCGAUAAUAAUGCAUAUACUAAGAAUAAUUUGGCUUCUAAGCUCUUGUUAGGUUGUUGUAUGUUUGUCCAAUUGUUGAUUUGAAUAAUUAUUCUGAUCUAAAUUCAUGUUAUUGAUCUUGUUAAUUUAGUAAUUUGAUAAAUUGUUGUUGAAGUGCUCUGUGAUUGUUAGGUUGCUGUAUUUUUAUCUAAUUGUUAAUUUGAACAAUUAUUCUAUCUUAGUUCAUGUUCUUGAUCUUGUCUAGUAAUUUGAUAAAUUGUUUUUGAGGUGUUGUUCUUUGAUCCUGUGAUUGCUAGAUGGCUGUAUUUUUGCCAAUUAUUAAUUUGAAUAAUUAUUCUGAUUUGAGUUCAAGUUCUUGAAUUUGUUAAUUUGAUAAAUUUCUGUUGUUGUGGUGCUAUUUUUGAUUUUGUGAUUGUUAAUUUGUAUAAUUGUUAUUUUUAAUGAGACAUUGUGGUUGAUAUAGUAUUUUUAAUUUGGAUAAUAUUUUAAAGUUUAUAUUAGACUAUAGUUAUGUUUUAAUGUGUUUAUUUAUAUUUUAUUUAUUACUAUAAUAUGAUUUUUUCAGUUGAACCAAUUAACUAGUAACCAGAGCAGUUGGAUGACUGGUUUAGUUUUCUAAACUUUGAUCUUUAAACAUCAUUUUGGAACUAAUUGACAUGAAAUAUAUAAGGAUGGUUCUGAAAACCAAUUUGAAUCGGUUGAUCGAACCGUGAGCCGAUCGCAAAUUUGGUUAGGUCCAUAGUAAAAAACCAUCAAGUUUAAAAAUCAAUUUGAGAAUUGGAAUAUCAAUCGAGAACUAGUUAGUCAAUUGAAUCGGGACCCCGAACGGUUUUGAAGCUAGAACCAAAAUAACGUCGUUUUGGAUUAAAAAAAAAAAAGGCUGAAGAGAAGAAAACUUGAAAUCAGUAAGCCAUCCAUUCUGUUCCACUCUCAGCCAAACUUCCAUCUUCCAUUCCCCCCAUCUAGCUGCAAGUCCCCAUCGUCAUCAGCCUCUCCUUUCCGUCCUUGUCAUCUUCUUCCCGUUCUUGUCAUCUCCGGCUUCCAUACCAUUUAUGCCGUCGUCCUAAGAACGCUGACACUUGUUUGCUUACGAAUGACGCAAAAGUUUAAAAGCUACCAUUUUUUGUCAUAGCUGCCGGUCACCUCUCUUCGAAUCACUCUCGUUACUUCCUAGUCAACAAUCUCGCGUUGACUCCAACAAGAUGGCGCUGCACGCCCUCACCCUACUACUGUGCACCUUCUCACUCUCACUCUCCUUUGCUGUAGCUUCGUCCCACAUGGCUUCUUCUUCUUCUUCCUCUUGUUCCGUUGUCACGCCAUCCACUCCUCUUGUUUCCUUCCUCGAACAGCUCCAAGAAACGGCGCUCCAAACCUUCGGGGACUCCAACUUCGAUCCCAAAACCUACGUUGACUUGCCCCUCAAGUUCACCCUCUCCGAGACACACCAAGCAUUCCAGAACCUUCCAAGACUGAGUUCCAACGGGACCGUUUCUGCGGAGGUGCUGAAAGGCUUCAUCAAUAGGUACUUUAAGGGCGCAGGGGAUGAUCUGGUGUGCUGGCAGCCACAUGAUUUCGUUGCAGAGCCAGAAGGGUUCUUGACGAAGGUGAAGCACCCGGAGGUGAGGGCGUGGGCUUUGAAGGUUCAUUCGCUUUGGAGAAACUUGAGUCGCAAGGUAUCCCGUGAAGUCGAAAAGAACCCGCAGCUGCACACUCUGCUUCCCCUGCCGAAUCCUGUUGUUAUUCCUGGUUCACGCUUUCGUGAGGUCUAUUAUUGGGACUCCUAUUGGGUCAUUCGGGGCUUGCUGGUGAGUAAAAUGCAUAAGACUGCUACUGCUAUUGUGAUGAAUCUUGUUUCUUUGAUAGAAAAAUAUGGAUUUGUGCUCAAUGGGGCUAGACAGUACUACACUAACAGGAGUCAGCCUCCUCUUUUAAGCUCUAUGAUUUAUGAGAUAUACCGCAGCACUGGUGACAUUGAGUUAGUUAAAAGAUGUUUACCUGCACUGCUUAAGGAGCAUGCCUUUUGGAAUUCAGAUAUACAUAGAGUGACCAUUGUGGAUGCUCAAGGACACUCCCAUAACUUGAAUCGCUAUCAGGCAAUGUGGAACAAACCCAGGCCAGAGUCGUCCACAAUGGACAAGAAAUCUGCUUCCAAGUUCUUAAAUAUUUCAGAAAAGCAGCAUUUUUACCGUGAUAUUGCCUCGGCUGCUGAAUCAGGAUGGGAUUUCAGCACAAGAUGGAUGAGAGUUCCACCUGACUACAGUACACUAGCUACAACAUCUGUAAUACCUGUUGAUUUGAAUGCAUAUCUGCUUGGGAUGGAAAUUAAUAUUGCCUUCUUUGCAAAAGCUAUUGGAGACGAAACCACUGUGAAACACUUCAUGGAACUUUCUGAUGCUAGAAAGAAGGCAAUAAAUUCUGUUUUCUGGAGUCCAAGCAAGAAGCAAUGGCUCGAUUACUGGCUCAACAGUGGCACAUGUGAGGUGGCUCAUGUUUGGGAAGCUAAGCAUCAGAAUAAAAAUGUAUUUGCUUCCAAUUUUGUUCCUUUGUGGAUGGAGCCAUUUUACUCAGAUGGUUCGCUUGUGGGUAACGUUGUUCAUGCUCUCAAAACUUCUGGCCUGAUUCGUGCUGCUGGAAUUGCAACUUCUUUGACUGAUUCAGGACAACAGUGGGACUUCCCAAAUGGUUGGGCUCCACUUCAACACAUGCUAGCAGAAGGCCUGGUAAAAUCAGGGUCAAAAGAAGCAAGGUUGUUGGCUGAGGAAAUUGCUAUCAAAUGGAUUAGAAGCAAUUAUGUUAGUUACAAGAAAACAGGGGUAAUGCAUGAAAAGCUUGACGUGGAGAAGUGUGGAGAAUAUGGAGGCGGGGGUGAAUAUGCACCCCAGACUGGAUUUGGUUGGUCUAACGGGGUUGUGUUGGCAUUCUUGGAAGAGUUUGGUUGGCCUCAAGAUCGGAGUAUAGAUUGUUGAUAUGUGUGUUCAGAUUCAAAGUUUGAACAAGCCUUGAGCCUGGUAUUGUUUAGAGGAUGAUGCGCUUAAAUAAGGAAGUGUCGACUGUUGAGCACUUUUUCUUGCAUCAAUAAUUUUUCUUGUGUGUAAGAGACUUGCUAAAUGAUUCCAAUAAUAGUUUACCCUUCAUGUUUCUGCUUUACUAAGCAUUUUAGAGAAGCCAAACCAGGUGUUCUAGUAGUGGCUAAUUUAGUGUGUGAGUGGAUGGGUGAGUGUAUUUGUGUGAACAAAAAAAAAACAAAAAAAAAACAUAAGCGAGACUAUCUUUAAGCAUCAUUUUGGAACUAA